AUGUCGGGCUCAGCGGAGCAGUAUGACCCUGCGCAGUCUCCCGUUGACGGGCGGCGGAGGGACGGGAGCGGUCAGUAUGAAGAGCGCGAGCAGUAUGGUAGCAGGAACUACGGCCAGGACCAGCCGCCGUCGGCUCAGGCAUACAGCCAGCACCCCUCCGGACUUACGCAGAAUCAGUCAUACCCUAUGUCCUCCUCCUCGCAAUCUGGAUCUUCAUACGCGUCCUCAACUUCAUACCCCUCGACACAGCAGGGCCAACCGCUCCCGCAAAACCAGAGCAGACCAUCCCUCUCUGAUCGACAACAGUCGUUCUCUGACUCGGCGCAAUCUCACCAGGUCGUCUCGCCUGUAGGUAAUGGAUCAGGCGGCCCCUCGAUCUCAGCCCCAAGACCGGGAUUGGCGGAGCAUCGGCAGUCCUCGGGAAAUACGAGCAUCUCAGUUGCGGGACAGUGGCAGGGGCAGAACAUGAUGGGUGCGGCGUCGGCGACGAGUCUGGGGAGUAUGACGGUCGGUGGGAGUAGUCAGAUGGGGGGAAUGGGAGGGAUGGGCGUGGGUAUGGGAGGGAAAGAGGGGGAGGCGGUGCCGGUGGGGUUCGACGAGGGGGUUCUGAGGGGAUUGUGCGAGAUGGACUGUGCCCUCCCUCUGCUCGCUGACCGUAUCAAACAGUCCAUAUCGUCCUGCAAGCAAGUAGCAACCUUCUUUCGCUCUCGCGCCGACAUAGAAGAAAAGUACGCCCGCUCACUGGUCGAGCUCGGUCGGACUACCGGCGAUCUGUACGCCAGGGGAGACUGCAAGGCUGGAACGUUUGUGAACGCCUACCAUACCUCGUUACGGCUUCAAGAAACGCUCGCCCAGAAUCGAAUACGAUUCUCGCAGCGGUUGAAUGAGAUGAGCGAUGAGUUGAUUGCGCUAUCGAGGGAGGGUGAGCGGAUGCGAAAGCAGCACAAGGAGAAUGGUGCUCGAUAUCAGGGGAUACUACAGGAGAGCGAGAUGGUGAUGGAUAAGGCUAAAUCCCGCUUCGACCAAACCGCCGAAGAGCUCGAACGACUCCUCGUUGCCAAAGAGGGCGAAUCCUUCAAGGAGUCCGGGAUGCGAUCAUCGGGAUCCGUCGCCUCGAACUCAUCAGGCGGGAUGGGGAAUGGCGGACAGGGGAUGAGCGGGCAAGGCGGGCAUAAUGGGGGUGGGAAGAAGGUGUUCAAUAAGGCGAUCACGAAGGGCGGGAUGUUAUUCAAGGGGAAGGGACCGGCGAGUAUUGCGAAGCAGGAAGAUGAGGUCAGGGGACGGAUGGCGCAGGCGAGUGAGACGUUCAGGAAGGCGGUCUUGGAGAGUCAGGGGUUGAGGCAGGAGUACUUCAACUUCCAGCUUCCCAAGAUAUUACGACUGUUGAAGGAGUGUGCGGACGAGCUGGACUUGGGCACACAAUAUCACCUGACGCGCUUUGCGUUCUUGUACGAGUCUACGCUCGUUGGGGAUGGGACGAUCUUGAGUCCGCUCGGAGCGACCGAUGAGACACUUGGCCUGAAGCAGAUCUUCGAAUCGAUAGACAAUCGGACCGACUUCAAGUCGUACAUGCAGAACUAUGCUGUAGCGCGGGGAACACCAAGGGGACCGAGACGGGAUGGACCAUAUGAGGAAGGCUUCCUCCCACCCAUGCCAACGCAUAUCCAAAAAUCGCUCGAUCCACCUCAACCCUCGCAUUCCGCCCCUGGCUCUCACAACUCACCUAGCGGGAACGCGGGUGGCCUGCCCAACGGUUCGGCCCAGAAACCCCCAUCGAUCAGCUCGGAGCAGUAUUCUGUGCCUGGGAUCCCAGCGUCGACGGGUGCGACGUUCGGUGUGGAUCUUGGGGAGCAGCUACAGAGGGACGGAGUGGAGGUGCCGAGGGUGGUGGAGCUGUGUGCGAAGGCGAUCGAGGCUUACGGUAUCGACAGCAUGGGUAUCUACCGACUGAGCGGAACCUCUUCUCGCGUCCAAGCACUCAAGCGCGCGCUGGAUACCGACCUGGACAAUACGGACGUCAUGUCAGACGAGUGGUCUGCGGAUAUCAACGUCGUCUCGGGGGCACUGAAGCUGUGGUUCCGAGAACUACCGGAGCCGCUGUUGACGUAUGGGCUGUAUCAUCAAUUCAUCGAGGCUGCUCGUUACGAGAACGACCGCCUGAGACAUAUCCGGCUACACGAGCAAGUCAACGAGUUGCCAGAUCCCAACUAUGCGACCUUGAAGUUCUUUAUGGCUCAUCUUGAUCGAAUACGGAAUAGAGAAUCCUCGAAUCAGAUGACAGUAUCGAACUUGUCUAUAGUGUUCGGCCCGACGUUGCUUGGUGCGCCACCAGAAGAAGGAGGAUUGAAUUUGGAACAUAUGAGUUUCCAGUGCAAGGCUAUCGAGACCAUCUUGGAGAAGUAUCACGAGAUCUUUGUGGAGGAUGAGGAUAACGCGGCAGGGGCGGCGCCAUAG